AUGAAUUCUGGGAAUGAUAACUGGCACUCCCCCGCUGGUGGGCCUCCGUCGCACCCUGGCAUGGACCAGAUGAACCAACAACCUCGGCCCUUGGGGUCUUUCAGUCAAAAUCCGUCUCAACAGGGUCCCGCGUCGCAGCCCUCUGGCCCUGUCCUUCCUCCUCCGUCCGAGGAUGGACAACUAACUUGGCUAUGCCGCUUCAAAGGUCCCUACCACCCCGCCGGUCAGUCAGGUGGCCACUCCCUCCCCGGACUGGCAGAACUGAGCCAAAGCCACGGGGCUCCUCCACACCAACAACCGGCCUACGGACAGCACCCUGCUGGACCUUCCCACAGCUCGGGUCAUUCUCUUCCCGGAAUUGGCCAGGCCAUGUCGCACGCAUCUCCCCAGCUGAACCGUGACCGUGAACGGGACUCAAGGGAACGCGAGAUUCUGGAGCGCGAGCGCCAGCGGCAGGAAGAAAUGGCACAUCGAGAGCGCGACCAGCGCGAACGCGAACAGAUGGAGCGCCAACAGAUGGAACGCCAGCGCAGCGAACAUCACCCUGUCCAGAGUCACACCGGCUCGAUCCCCCUUCACCAGCCCGUGGCUUCGAAAGUCCCCAACUCCAUCCACGGCCCGAAUGGCCUCCUUUCGAAUCUCGGUAGCAAUCCGUCAAAUGGACCUGGAGGGAGCGUACAGCCUUCCGGCGGCCCGGCCAGCCUCUUUGGCGGCCCGCAGAUGCAGCAACAUGGCGAAGGCACCCCUCGGUCGUACAUGCAAUAUCCGGGUGGACCAGCCAUGAUGGGACACAAUGGGCAGGCACAGCAGAUCCCUGGAAGUGUAGCGGCUCUUGCCCAGGGCCAGCAGCCGAUUCUCAAUGCAAGUCAUCCGAUUGGACCCGCCGCAUCUCUCGGAGAGCCGAGCGCUAACAGUGGGUUCGUGGUGCAGGAUGCCCUUAGCUACUUGGAUCAGGUGAAAGUGCGAUUUUCCGACCAGCCCGAUGUUUACAACCGCUUCCUGGACAUAAUGAAGGAUUUCAAGAGUCAGGCAAUCGAUACUCCCGGUGUAAUUCAACGCGUCUCUACCCUCUUCAAUGGCCACCCGGCUCUCAUUCAGGGCUUCAACACCUUCCUCCCACCCGGCUACCGAAUCGAGUGCGGAACUGAGGAUAACCCAGAUGCCAUUCGAGUUACCACACCCUCUGGCACAAAUACACUGAGUAUGCCGCGUGCAGGACGUCCAUUCGAGACUACGACAAUAACCGAGUCCGGCCCCUCCAGUGGUGGCCCUGGACGCCCUGAUUACUACGAGCAAUCUCGUCCGGGAUGGCAACAAGCUCAGCAACCACAGAGUCAACAAGGCCACCCAGGCUCAUAUUCUCCUGGCUCGCGUAUGAUGGGCCCAAGCCUAUACCAGCAGGAGCAAGGACCUGGCCAAGACCCCCACUAUGGCUAUCAGACUCAAGAGCAACAGGGUGCCGCGGCACUGUCCCACCAGCAGGACCACCGUGGUGUUGCUCAGCUGCAAGGCGCUGCCUCUGCCGCUUCUGCCUGGGGAGACCCGGCAUGA